AUGGUUCAACAAGUUCCAGAAAACAUCAAUUUUCCUGCUGAAGAAGAGAAAAUCUUGCAGUUCUGGUCCGAAUUUAAUUGUUUUCAAGAAUGCCUAAAGCAGUCAAAACAUAGGCCAAAAUUUACUUUCUAUGAUGGACCUCCUUUUGCAACUGGACUGCCUCACUAUGGACAUAUACUUGCAGGGACAAUUAAAGACAUAGUGACAAGAUAUGCUCACCAGAGUGGGUUUCAUGUUGACAGAAGAUUUGGAUGGGAUUGUCAUGGCCUACCUGUGGAAUAUGAAAUAGAUAAGCUACUAGGAAUCAGAGGACCAGAGGAUGUAGCCAAAAUGGGGAUUGUGGAGUACAACAAUCAGUGCCGAGCAAUUGUGAUGAGAUAUUCUACUGAGUGGAAGUCUACUGUAACCAGACUUGGCCGAUGGAUUGACUUUGACAAUGACUAUAAAACACUCUAUCCAGAAUUCAUGGAAUCUGUCUGGUGGGUCUUCAAACAACUUUAUGAUAAAGGCCUUGUUUAUAGAGGUAUGAAAGUCAUGCCUUUUUCCACUGCAUGCAACACUCCACUUUCCAACUUUGAAUCUCACCAGAAUUACAAGGAUGUUCAAGAUCCUUCAAUAUUUGUUACCUUUCCUUUGGUGGAAGAUGAAAAUAUAUCUUUGGUUGCUUGGACAACUACUCCCUGGACUCUGCCUAGUAACCUUGCCCUCUGCGUUAAUCCAGAUAUGCAGUAUGUAAAGAUUAAAGAUGUUGUCAGAGGAAAAACAUUCAUUUUAAUGGAAGCCAGAUUACCGGCCCUUUACAAAUUGGAGAGUGACUAUGAGAUUCUUGAAAGAUUUCCAGGUUCCUCUCUCCAAGGCAAGAAAUACAGGCCCCUGUUUGACUAUUUUGUGAAGUGGAAAGAGCAUGGCGCUUUUACAGUGCUUGUUGACAACUAUGUGAAGGAGGAAGAAGGCACUGGAGUGGUGCAUCAAGCUCCUUACUUUGGUGCUGAUGACUAUCGGGUCUGUAUGGACUUCAACAUCAUUCAGAAAGAUUCUGUCCCUGUGUGCCCUGUGGAUGCUUCAGGCUGUUUCACAGCAGAAGUGAUGGAUUUCGUGGGACAGUAUGUGAAGGAUGCUGACAAAAAUAUCAUCAGGAUGCUGAAAGAGCAAGGCCGACUUCUUGUUGCCAGUACCUUCACUCAUAGCUACCCUUUCUGCUGGAGGUCGGAUACGCCCCUCAUUUACAAAGCGGUGCCCAGCUGGUUUGUGCGGGUUGAGCACAUGGUGGACCAGCUGAUGAGGAACAAUGACCUGUGUUACUGGGUCCCGGAGUUUGUGAGAGAAAAGCGGUUUGGAAACUGGCUGAAAGACGCGCGAGACUGGGCAAUUUCCAGAAACAGAUACUGGGGCACCCCCAUCCCGCUGUGGGUCAGCGAGGACUUCGAGGAGAUAGUAUGCAUUGGGUCAAUGGCAGAACUUGAAGAACUGUCGGGAACAAAGAUCUCAGAUCUCCACAGAGAGAGCAUUGACCAUCUGACCAUCCCUUCACGCUGUGGGAAGGGAUUGCUGCGUCGCAUCUCUGAAGUGUUUGACUGUUGGUUUGAGAGUGGCAGCAUGCCCUAUGCUCAAGUUCAUUAUCCUUUUGAAAAUAAGAAGGAGUUUGAAGAUGCAUUUCCUGCAGACUUCAUUGCUGAAGGCAUUGAUCAAACCAGAGGAUGGUUUUAUACUCUGCUAGUGCUGGCCACAGCUCUCUUUGGACAACCACCUUUCAGGAAUGUGAUUGUGAAUGGGCUCGUCCUUGCAAGUGAUGGCCAGAAAAUGAGCAAACGAAAAAAGAAUUAUCCAGAUCCACUUUCCAUCAUUCAUAAAUAUGGUGCUGACGCCCUCAGAUUGUAUCUGAUUAACUCCCCUGUGGUGAGAGCGGAAAACCUCCGCUUUAAGGAGGAAGGUGUUCGUGAUGUUCUGAAGGACGUGCUACUCCCUUGGUACAACGCCUAUCGCUUCUUCAUCCAGAAUGUCCUGAGGCUGCAAAAGGAGGAAGAAAUGGAAUUCCUCUACAAUGAGAACACGGUUAAAGAAAGUGCCAACAUCACAGACCGGUGGGUCCUGUCCUUCAUGCAGUCGCUCAUUGCCUUCUUUGAGACUGAAAUGGCAGCUUACAGGCUUUAUACUGUGGUACCCCGCCUGGUCAAGUUUGUCGACGUUCUGACCAAUUGGUAUGUCAGGAUGAACCGCCGAAGAUUAAAGGGUGAAAACGGGAUGGAGGAUUGUGUGAGGGCUCUGGAAACUUUGUUCAGUGUUCUGCUUUCCCUGUGCAGACUGAUGGCCCCGUAUACACCUUUUCUCACUGAAUUGAUGUACCAGAAUCUUAAGAUGCUGAUUGACCCUGUUUCUGUCCAGGACAAGGACACACUCAGCAUCCACUACCUCAUGCUGCCCCGUGUUCGAGAGGAAUUGAUUGACAAGAAAACCGAGAGUGCAGUAUCUAGAAUGCAGUCUGUGAUUGAACUUGGGCGAGUGAUUCGUGACCGCAAAACUAUUCCAAUAAAGUAUCCUUUGAAAGAAAUUGUCAUUAUUCAUCAAGAUCCGGAAGCUCUUGACAGUAUCAGGUCUUUGGAGAAGUACAUUAUUGAGGAGUUGAAUGUUCGAAAGGUUACCCUGUCUACAGAUAAAAACAAGUAUGGUAUUCGCCUAAGGGCAGAGCCAGAUCACAUGAUCCUGGGGAAGCGGCUGAAGGGAGCCUUCAAAGCAGUGAUGACAUCCAUCAAGCAGCUGAGCAGUGAGGAGCUGGAGCAGUUCCAGAAGCGUGGGACCAUCGUUGUGGAAGGCCAUGAAUUGCAUGAAGAUGACAUUCGCCUCUUGUACACUUUUGAUCAAGCAACAGUUGAGACAACGCAGUUUGAAGCACACUCGGAUGCUCAGGCUCUGGUUCUCUUAGAUGUCACCCCUGACCAGGCGAUGGUGGAUGAAGGGGUGGCUCGUGAGGUCAUCAAUCGCAUCCAGAAACUUCGCAAAAAGUGCAAUUUGGUUCCCACUGAGGAAAUAACAGUUUAUUACACAGCAAAAUCGGAAGGAAAUUAUCUGAACACCAUUAUUGAAAGCCACAUGGAGUUCAUAUUUGCCACUAUAAAGGCUCCCUUGAAACCAUAUCCAGUCCCUACAUCAGAUAAAAUCCUUAUUCAAGAAAAAAUGCAGUUAAAGGGGUCUGACCUGGAAAUCACACUCACCAGGGGAUCCUCCGUACUUGGCCCUGCUUGUGCAUAUGUCAAUCUUCACAUUUGUGCAAAUGGCAGUGAGCAAGGUGGAGUACUGCUUCUGGAAAAUCCAAAAGGCGAUAACCGGUUAGACCUCCUAAAGCUGAAGAGUGCUGUUACUAGCAUCUUUGGUGUGAAGAAUUCAGAGCUGGCGCUCUUCCUCGGAGAAACAGAAAUACAAAACCAAACCAACUUACUGAGUCUUAGUGGAAAGAUGCUGCGUGUGACUGCAGGAGCAGCUCCCUCUGUGAUUGACAGUCCUAGUACUCUUCUCUGCCAGUAUAUCAACUUACAGCUCCUGAAUGCAAACCCACAAGAGUGUUUAAUGGGAACAGUGGGUACCCUCCUGCUAGAAAACCCACGUGGGCAGAAUGGACUCACCUAUGAAGGUCUUCUGUGUGAAGCAGCCAAGAUGUUUGGCCUUCGCAGCAGGAAGCUAAAGCUGUUUCUGAAUGAGUCUCAAAUGGACGAAAUUACAGAAGAAAUUCCCUUGAAGACUUUGAAUACGAAGACUGUGUAUGUUUCUGUAUUUCCAACAACGGCUGACUUCUAA